GUGGCCUACAAAUUGAAAACAGUCGAGAAGAGGAUCAGGGUAAAUAUGAAUGUGUGGCUGAGAAUUCUGUGGGUACUGAACAUUCCAAGGCUACUAACUUAUAUGUUAAGGUGCGUAGAGUACCACCCACCUUUUCACGACCCCCAGAGCCCAUUAAUGAAGUGAUGUUAGGAUCAAAUCUUAAUCUCUCUUGUAUAGCAGUGGGUUCACCCAUGCCACAUGUUAAAUGGAUGAAUGGCGCUCAAGAUUUAACACCUGAAAAUAAUAUACCAAUUGGCCGUAACAUUAUUGAAUUGACUAAUAUACAGCAAAGCGCCAAUUAUACUUGUAUAGCAGCCUCUUCAUUGGGUCAAAUUGAAGCCACAGCCGUGGUUAAAGUUCAAUCUUUACCUACCGCACCCACAGAUGUACAAAUUUCUGAAGUUACAGCCACCUCUGUACGUUUGGAGUGGUCUUAUAAAGGCCCCGAAGACUUACAGUAUUAUGUGAUACAAUAUAAACCUAAAAAUGCUAAUCAGGCUUUUAGCGAGAUUAGCGGUAUUAUAACCAUGUUUUAUGUGGUACGAGCAUUAAGUCCUUAUACUGAAUACGAAUUUUAUGUGAUAGCUGUAAAUAAUAUAGGAAGAGGACCACCAUCGAUACCAGCGACUUGUACCACUGGCGAUUUUACAUAUGGUGGAGCAAAAAUGGAAAGUGCUCCCCGCAAUGUACAAGUACGUCCUUUAUCAUCGUCUACCAUGGUUAUAACUUGGGAACCACCAGAGACACCCAAUGGACAGUUGACCGGUUAUAAAGUUUACUAUACUACAAAUCCUAAUCAACCAGAAGCGUCUUGGGAUUCUCAAAUGGUUGAUAACAGUGAACUGACAACAAUAUCUGACUUAACACCCCAUGCCAUAUACACGGUACGUGUACAGGCAUAUACCUCCAUGGGGGCCGGUCCAAUGUCCACGCCAGUACAAGUGAAAACACAACAAG